GUUGUCGUUGUCGUUGUCGUUGUCGUCGUUGAGUUGGUCUAUGGCAUUUCUCGUAUGGGCAUUUGUUGGCUGACGGUGUGGCAGAGCGUAUUUAUCUCUCUGUCGAUGUUGUUCGAUGUGUCUUUUCGUGGCUGAUUGUAUGGUCUGGAUCGUUCGCUCGCUCUCUUGCUCAUUUGUUCGUUGGUUCGCUCGCGUGCUCGUGUGUGUGGUUGUAUUUAUAUCUUGGAGUUGUGGAAUUUAAUGAAAGUCGAAAGGUUUCGCGUUUUAGUUUGUUGAAGUCUUUUGCCACGUUCAGUUCGCUGUUCCACAAACGAUUGUGAAAAUAAACGAGAAAAAUAAAACAGCACACACCAAACACAGCAAUCAAACCCGCUGUCUUUUGCAGUUGUGCACACGGGUGUAAAAUAUUUCGCGUAGGCAUUUUUGCCAACUGAGCAGCAAAUUGUUGCCAACAAUCGAUGUGGUGCGCGCGCGCACAGCUGAUCAAUAACCUAUCGGACCGGAUCGAUUGCAUGGCUUGAAGCGUACGAGAAAAUUCGUUUAAAUUGCAUCGAGUGUUGACCUUUCAGUGACUGGCGUCAAGUAGAAACAGUGCACGAUAAACAAAGCAAAGAACAGCAAAAAAAGUGGAAUCAAAAGUGGAAAAGUGAAAGAGAACAAGAUAAUAGACGAUAAUAAUUGUUAAUAAGUGAACGAAAUCAGUGAAAUUCGAUCGAAUCAUUGAAUAUUUGAUGAAAACUGAUUGAGAUUGAAACCAUUCGGAAGGACUAACACGAUGUUAUAAAUUGAGUUAGAGGGAUCAUAACUGGAAAUAGAACUAAAACUUCUUUCGUGUGCUUUCAACCUAGGCUUCAACAGAGAAAAAAUAUACUUCAAAUAACAUCGACUUAAACCCAGUGAACUUGGUGAAAAUUUAGUGAAACUAAUAAUAAACGAAUAAACAAACAAACGAAAGAAAAAAAAAACAGCAACAACACUUCGUCUCGAAUCACACACAACACUCUCUAACGUAAACUCUUACUUUUACGGUUCUAAUUAGCAAAAGAUUUGGUGUGAGUCUAAAUGACAGAAAAUUAAUUCAAAGGUUUCUUCUUACGGAGUCGACGGAACCAGAUCGAGUAGAUACACACAGUGAGAGAAAAGAUUUACGAUCGCUCGCGGCCUUGUGAGUGUGAAUGUGUGUGUGUGUCUGUUCGUGUGUGCAUUUCACGCGGACUAUGUAACAUUAUUUCGAUGACACAUUAAAUUCAAUUACGCAAAAUCAUGACGUCCAAAUACGAUCGAAUUAAAUCCGAAUGUAAACGAAAAAAUAUACUCUGGGAAGAUCCCGAUUUUCAAGCGGUUCAAUCGUCAGUAUUCUACUAUCAAACGCCGCCCUUCACAUUUCAAUGGAAACGUAUUUCGGAAAUUGUGCAAUCACCGUUAUUCAUCAACGAUGGCGAACAGUUUGACAUCAUACCCGGCAAAAUGGGUGACCGAUGGCUAGUGUCAUGUUUGGGCGUGUUAUUUUCAUUGAAAAAUCUAUUUUAUCGCGUUGUGCCGGCCGAUCAAAAUUUCGAAAAUUAUCAUGGCGUGUUUCGGUUUCGAUUGUGGUGGUGUGGCGAGUGGGUUGAGGUUCUAGUCGACGAUCGUCUACCAACGAUAAAUGGAAAAUUGUCAUUUCUACAACCGCUCAAAUCUAACUGCUUUUGGGCCGCACUGCUUGAAAAAGCGAUAGCCAAAUUGCAUGGUUCAUACGAGGCACUCAAGUAUGGAACACGUUCGGAUGGAUUGAGCGAUUUGACGGGCGGCGUUGUUGAGACAAUCCCAGUAAAAUCCGGUUCGGAUUCAAUACGACCAGCAAUUUUGCGUUCAAUACUCGAUACCACCUGCAUCAUAACGUGCAUUGCAAUCAGAGGAAAUAGUUCACAAUUCAAAUCACAACCGGAAAAAUUUCCCAAUGGAAUCGCAAUCGGCGUUAGCUAUCGCUUGUGUUCAUUGGAUAAAGUCGAAAAUACGAUGGGCGAUUCGGUGCAAUUGGUACGAUUGAAAGACCCAAUGACAUCGGAUGCAUUGGGCUUGAAAACGGGCUUCACCGGUGAAUGGUCGGCCACGUCACCGCUGUGGGAACGUUGUUCGGAACAAGAACGUGAUCGUUUGCUUGGUCAACUUGAUGCCAACGAAUUUUGGAUGUCAUUCUUAGCACUCACCGAAACAUUUACGAAUCUGGAAUGCAUUCAUCUUGAUACGGACACGGCGAAGGAUGAACUGUCGUUGAGCGACCGACCCAGACGAUGGUCAAUGAAAAUGUUCCAAGGAUUUUGGCGCAAAGGGGUCACAGCGGGCGGCUGUCGCAAUCAUGACUCAUUCCACAUUAACCCACAGUUGCAGUUAUUCGUUGCGGAAAAGGAAGAUGUAAUCAUCGCAUUGAACCAGCAUACGGCUGUCGAACCAAAAGUCAUUGGUUUUACAAUGUACAAAUUAAAUUCAAUUAAAAACAAAUUAACUGAAAAUCUUUCCAAAGAGUUUUUCAAAAAUCAAGUUAGCUUUAUCAAUUCGGACUAUGGCAAUUCGAGACACGUUAGCUAUCGUUGUAAUUUAGAAGCGGGACGAUAUUUAUUAAUGGCUACAACGUAUGAACCCGGAGAAGAAUCAGGUUUCACCGUUCGCAUGUUGGGAAACCAUAUAAAACUGGCCCAAUUGGAAACUCAGACGAUGAUGAUCUUAGACCCAUUCCCUCCACUUAGCGUGACGCAACAGCGUAACGACACCGAUACGACGAAGAAGAAAUGCCAGUACGAACCAAUUUUUAUGCAACUGGCCGAUGAAAAUAGAACCAUCAAUAGUUUCGAAUUGCAAGAACUUCUCGAUGCAUGCCUGCCCAAUGAUUACAUCAAAAGCUGUGCAAGUAUCGAUAUUUGUCGUCAAGUUGUAUCACUGCUAGAUAAAACCGGACAUGGUCGCAUCAAUUUCAUGCAGUUUAAAACAUUCAUAGCCAAUUUGAAGGCAUGGCAGGGUGUAUUCAAAAUGUACUCAAAAGAAAAGGCCGGCAUAUUACGGGCUGAACGAUUGCGAGAUGCUCUCUACGACGUCGGCUUUCAGUUGAGCUCAGAAAUAAUGUCAAUCAUCAUGCUGAAAUACAUGCGAAAGGAUGGCACGUUGCGUUUGGGUGACUUUGCAUCAGCCAUUCUUCACCUAACAACAGCGUUUGAAGUGUUUCAGCGCAAAGACCAUGACCAAGAUAAUUUGAUCAAAAUCGAAAUGGCGGAUUGGAUAAAGUCGGUGCUAAGAUGUUGAUGCUCAUUUUCGUACAUUCUUUGGAAAUACAUCCAGUUUUAGACAUUAGUUAUAUUUUCAUUGUUUUUAGUGUUAUAAAAUCUAAAUCACGGCAUGUCCUUAAUUCUUACUAAUUGUUUACUUGAAAAUAAAUGAGAAAUUUCGUAGAAAAAAAAAAA